UUGAAUAUUUUUAACAUUGAUUCAGCUAUUCAUAGUAUAAUAAAAACUCCGUAAAAAACAAAAGAAAAGAGCGAUCUAACAUCUGCUCCUUUGUGUAACUGAUUAAAUACCAUAUAGAUAAGGAACAGACAAUCAUAAUGGGAGGCAGAACUCUCGAAAUGCAGGGCAAGAAUGCCACGGACAAUUUAAACCAAAUUAAAAAACAGAAAUUGAGAGAGGCUUCCCAAGAGGUAAAGACAAAACGAGUCGCCCUAGGUGUUCUACAAAAUCGUUGUUUAACCCGCGACAUUGCCGCCAAGGAUGCAGCCCAGAAAGAUAUCAAGGAUCUUAAGGCCAAGUCUCGGGUGGACACUCACGUUAAGAAGGAGCCACUGGGCACCACAGCCAAUGGUUCUUUGAGCAAGAAAUUUGAAGGUUUUCAGGAUAUCGACGCAAACGACAAGAGAAAUCUGUUUCUGGUCUCUGAAUAUGUAAACGAGAUCUAUGACUAUCUGUAUCAGGUGGAGAAGCAGCAGCCCAUCUUCAAGGAUCACCUGGCAGGCCAAAGGUCAGUAUCGCCCAAAAUGCGAGCUGUGCUGAUCGACUGGAUCAACGCGGUCAACCUGCAGUUUCACCUGACUGCAGACAGCUUCCAGCUAGCAGUGGCCAUCAUCGAUCGCUACCUGCAAGUGGUCAAGGACACUAAACGCAACUAUUUUCAGUUGGUUGGCGUCACAGCCCUCUUUAUAGCCACCAAGUACGAGAGGCUGUGCCCGGUUGGAAUAGAAACUUUUGUUUAUGUCAGCGAUGACACCUACACGGCCCGCCAGAUUCGCCAGAUGGAGCUGCAGAUCCUCAAGGCCAUCGACUUUAGCCUGUCGCGACCGUUGCCGAUUCACUUCUUGCGUCGGUACUCUAAGGCUGCCGGCGCUACGAAUGAACAGCAUGUCAUGGCCAAGUACUUUAUCGAGUUGGCUGCCUUGACCUACGAUCUGGCUAGCUACAGACCCUCGGAGAUUGCCGCUGCCUCGAUGUUCUUGUCGCUAAACUUGCUGAAUGGAAACCACCGGGAAGCCACGGGUUUCAACGACCAGCACUGGUCGGCCACUCUGUCCUUCUACUCGCGGUACUCGGCCUCCGAUUUGCGUCCAAUCUCAAGGAAAAUUGCGAAGCUUGCCCGGAAUGCACCACAAGCCAAGCUGAAGGCCGUUUACAUAAAAUACCAGGGUAGCAAUUUCCACAAGAUUGCUCAGCGACGGGAGCUGAGCAGCCCGCUGAUUGACUAUAUCAUUGGUCAGAACUUUAGAAAGUAGACUGAGAGCCAGUAAACACCCAAAUUUAACUUUCUCCUGAUUUAUUUUGUUGUCAAAUUUGUAUUCUGUAUUCUGUUCAAUUCAUUUGAUUAACAAUUGUGCAUAUUUUAUCUUCCAAA